UCUGGCAUACUUCAUGGAAUUAGUCUUUGGAGCUGUUAUGGAACAGCCUAUUCUUCCUCCAAAUCCUUCACACCCCUUGUUUUGGACUGUGAAAGGAUUUGUUUUCGUCUUUUCCAUCAUCGGAAAUGGUUUCGUAGUAUAUCUAAUGGUAACUCGAACUCAACUUUUAAAAGUCAUUUCAAACUGGUUCAUUUUGUCGCUGGCGAUAGCAGAUCUCCUUGUUACUGUAGUAGUAUUUGUUCCCGAGGUUUACUUCUUGUGCUUUCGCGACAACAUUUUCCCGUGGAACUUCAAGCUCUGUUAUGAUAUGCUGACAAGGACGUCCUGUUACAAUCUGUGCGCGUUAACUUUUGAGCGCUACGUUGCUGUUGUAGAGCCCUUGAAAUACGGUCGUCUGACCUGUAAAACUAGGUUGAUAUUUUUAAUCAUCGCUUCUGUUUGGAUUUUAGGGAUAGUUUCCCCUUUGCCUUAUUACAUCUGUUUCCGUCUACACCAUUUCGUAGCUUUUCGAGCCGUCAUGUUGGUCUUUCUUUUCACUGGCGAAUUUCUUCCAACUGUAGUUCUAGUCAUGGUAUAUGCCAAAAUGAUCCUUGUAGUUCGAAGGCAAGAAAAAAUGGUCGAACGACAGAACAAGCAAGUUCAAUACAAUUAUGGUUCAGUAUUUGUACAGAAAAACAGAUAUGACAGAAGAAACCGCUCAAACAUCCAAGUCCUUGGUGUUAUACUUUCCGUAUUUGUUUUAUGUUACUCAGUUUCGUGUUAUAAAGGUUUUAUCAAUUACGUCUUAUUUAAAGACGUUUCGUAUUGGACUAUUUACGUCACUCGUAUUUUGUACCAACUCAACUCAGCAGUUAAUGGUUUUGUUUACGCGUUAUUAAAAAAGGACUUCAAGCAAGAAGUGAAAAAAAAUCGCAUAUAA